AUGGAUAAGAAUAAAAAACUAAAAAAAACAAAGGACUCCAUCCUAAUAAGAAAAAAUGGAAAAUAUUCUGAAAAUGCAGGUGAAAUUGCUCGUUAAAGGUAUAUAGUAUAAGAUAUUAAAUUCAGAUCAAUUUAUAUGUUAUUAUUUGAAUGUGGAAUAUUAAUUACCUAUUUGAUAUUUUUAAUUUUGUAUUCUGUUUAAGGUAAAUUCAAAAUGCUUUAUUUAUCUUUGCAAAUCGUGAUAGUAAAUAACUGAAAUAAAUAUUAA